AUGAGCGCGCAGAGGGUCGCUCUGCCCGGCUUCGAUGACGCCGAGUUGGUCAAGCUCAUUACUGCCCUGGUAAAGGAAGACGCCCCACGCUGGCUUCCUCAAGAUCAAACCGGACGUUUUCUCUACGUUCGACCAGCGAUUAUCGGCAACGGCACCCAACUCGGCGUGCAGCUUCCCCGAGUCGCGACUCUGUUCGUCGUGAUGGUGCCCUGGCCGGACUUUUCGAUGGAGCUGCCUCCAAAUGCAAAGCCGAGAGCCGUUCCUGGGCUUAGACUUCUUGCUUCGCAGGGCGAGACGACUCGCGCUUGGCCGGGAGGCUUUGGGUAUGCCAAGGUCGGUGCCAACUACGGCACGACUUUCGUCGCCCACGGCAAAGCCCUCGAACAGGGGUUCGACCAGAUUCUGUGGCUUUUUGGGACUGAUGGAAGAGUAACGGAAGCCGGCGCAAGCAAUUUCUUCGCUAUCGUUAAAAAUGAAGCAAGUGGCAGGGCCGAACUUUUGACCGCGAGUUUGGAUGAUAAUCUUAUCUUGGACGGUGUCACACGGCGCUCCGUCCUGGAGCUGGUUCGGUCGAGGUUGUCAAAAGAGCUGUCUGUUUCCGAGACUAUAUUCACCAUGUCUGAGCUCAAGAAGGCCUGGGAGCAAGGUCGUUUGCUAGAGGCUUUCGUGUCAGGAACCGCCUAUUUUAUCACGCCGGUAUGCUCGAUCAACUACGAGGGUUGUGACCUAGACGUGCCACAAGAACGCCAGGCUGUCGGUGCAAGCUACGCUAGCAUCAUCAAGGGCUGGCUGAAGGAUAUCAUGUACGGCGGGGAGAUUCACCCCUGGGGGCUGGUGGUCGAAGAUUACGAACAUAAAUAG